CUCCAGAAGCCAAUAGAGAACCAGUCAAGGCACUUUACAAUCUCGCUCUCGGACGCUCGACAGAAAGGAGCACAGAAGCUCAAACAAUGACAAGCGCACACUCUUUGGCUGGACUCCUGCUCCUCAUCAUCAUCCAAAGCAGCUGGCAGGUGCCUGACCAAGACACAGACCGAGACUCCAUGCUACUGACUGAAAACUCCAUGCUGACCGAACCCAUUGAGCUCUCAAACAUGAAGAGACAUUCAGAGGGAACAUUUUCCAACGACUACAGUAAAUAUCUGGAGACGAGAAGAGCACAAGACUUCGUCCAGUGGCUAAAGAACUCAAAAAGGAACGGGAGUCUAAUCAGACGCCAUGCAGACGGUACCUACACCAGCGACGUGAGCUCCUACCUGCAGGACCAGGCAGCCAAGGAGUUUGUGACCUGGCUGAAGACUGGCCGAGGCAGAAGAGAGUAAACUCAACCAGAGUGCCCCUACAGCUCCCCCCGAAUAAUGCAACAAUUCACACUGACUCUGUGCUAUUAUAUGUUUCACAAUCUGUGCUAGCCUUUUCUUCUUGGUUAUGCUAUUAAAUUCCUCUCAUAAGAAAGCUCUGCCGGCCUUCAGUGGUUGAAGGAAAUGUUGUCAAAAUGCAGAAAAGUUACAGAAUGUUUGAAAUGUGUCUCAAUCAUAAAUGCUUUGUGAAUUUUU